AUGGCCAAGUCCGUCCCUGCCCGCGACUUUACCGUCGGCUGGGUCUGCGCUCUGCCCAUCGAGCUGGCCGCCGCGGCCGAGAUGAUGGACGAGGAAUUUGCCGACCUUCCGUCCCAGCCAUCUGAUACCAACAUCUACUCCUUCGGCCGCAUCGGCGUGCACAAUGUCGUCGCUGCCUGUCUGCCCGCCGGCCAGAUGGGCACGAACCAAGCCGCUACGGUCGCCAGCCAGAUGAGAACCAGCUUCCCCUCUCUGCGCUUUGGCGUCCUCGUAGGCAUCGGCGGUGGCGUCCCAGAUCUCAACGACGACAUCGACAUUCGGCUCGGCGACGUGGUCAUCAGCCAGCCGUCAGGGCAGCACGGUGGAGUAAUCCAGUAUGACUUCGGCAAGACUGGGGCCGGCGGUCGCGUCGCUCGCACCGGUAACCUCAAUGCGCCACCAACUGUUCUCCUCAACGCCUUGGCCAAGCUCCGCUCUAAUGACCUUCGGCGCAAGACACAAGUCCUCACGCAUCUGUCGCAGCUCUCUGGCCAGCCAGAGUUUGCGUCGCCGGGCCCUGAUAACGAUAUUCUCUAUGAUGCAUCAUCGGCCCAUAUUGGCAGAGCUAUAUGUGCAAAAUGCCGUCCAGAAGAUGUAGUAGAUAGGGAUGCACGCGCGACGACGAAACCAAUCCUCUUCAUCGGCAACAUAGCAUCGGGGAACCAGGUGAUGAAGGAUGGUCAGACGCGCGACAGAUAUAGUCAGGAGCUGGGAGGCGUCUUGUGCUUCGAGAUGGAAGCGGCCGGCUUGAUGAACAACUUUCCUUGCAUUGUCAUUCGCGGCAUCUGCGACUAUGCAGAUGCGCAUAAGAACAAGCGGUGGCAACCAUACGCAGCAGCGACGGCAGCAGCAUACGCGAAAGAGCUGCUAUGCAUCAUUCCACCACUAGUUUCGAGCAAUCUAGAUAGCUCAGAGAAUUCCUGUCCAAAGCCCCAUUUUGUCGUUCCGUUUGGACGAAACGAAAACUUUGUCGGCCGAGACGAGACUUUGACGCAGCUCCUCAAGAGGAUCCCACCGAAUAUCAACAAAGACGCCUGUCAGAGGACUGCAGUCGUGGGCCUCGGAGGGAUAGGUAAAACACAGGUUGCCAUCGAAGCUGCCUACCGUGUUCGCGAUGCACACCCAGACUGCUCCGUUUUCUGGGUACCGGCUGUAAGCACAGCCAUGUUCGAGAAUGCGUAUCGCGAGAUCGGCCGGACGCUCCACAUCCGAGAUAUCGAGGAUGAACAGGCGGACGUUAAAAGCCUGGUGAAGGCUGGACUAGAACGGGACGAUGUUGGCUGCUGGCUUCUUAUUGUUGAUAACGCUGACGACAUGGAGUUGCUGUUUACUGGCCCUAAGUUGACGACGUAUCUCCCUUCCAGUAGGAAUGGCUCUAUCCUACUCACAACCCGAAACCACCAGGCCGCAGCGAAGUUCAGUCGUGGUCACCCUAUGCGUCUAACGGAGAUGGGUGCGACAGAAGCCACUCAGCUCCUAUGCACCGGCUUGGACGAAGGCCAGAUGGGCGACAAGGAAAGCACGAAACAGUUGCUCAACCACCUCACCUCUCUGCCCUUAGCUAUACGACAGGCAUCGGCUUACAUGGCUUCUAAUAAGAACGUGACUGUAUCCAAAUACCUUGGAUAUUGUAAGGCUAGUGAUAAUAAGCUGGUGAAGCUGUUGAGCAAGGACUUCGAUGACCAAGAUCGAUACGAGGAUAUUCGGAACCCAGUGGCCACAACGUGGCUGAUCUCCUUUGAUCACGUCUCACGAGAUAACCCACUAGCAGCAAGGUACCUCAGUUUCAUGUGUUACCUCGCAGAAAAAGAUAUUCCAAGAGCUCUUUUGCCCCCUGCGGAGGACGGAAUGGAUACAGACGACGAAAUGGACACCAAUGAAGCGAUUAGCACGCUGAUAGCCUACGCGUUCAUCUUGCAGCGUGAUGCUGUGGAUAGGUUCGAUAUCCAUCGACUGGUGCGCUUGGUGAUGCGAAACUGGCUAAGGGAGCAAGGGAAGGAAGAAGAGCAGGUGACGGAGACGAUUUACUGGCUUUGCGAGAGGUUCCCUUGGCCAAACCACAGGAAUAGAGAUGUGUGGAUGGCCUACUUACCACAUACGCAAGCGGCGCUUCAAGUUAGAGAUUGGUGCACAGACGACGAAGCGUUAUGGGAUCUCCUGUCUAGGGCAGGAGAAAGCAAUAAUCUGCUUGGGAGGUAUGGCGAGGCAGAGCAGAUGUAUCGACAGACACUGGAGCUGAGGAAGAAAGUGCUGGGACCAGAGAAUCCCUCGACACUCGCCAGCAUGAACAACCUGGCAGAAGCGCUUCGAAAACAGGGGAAGUACGACGAGGCAGAACAGAUGCAUCGACAGACACUGGAGCUGAGUGUGAAGGUGCUGGGACCAGAGAAUCCCUCGACACUCAGCAGCAUGAACAACCUGGCACUCGUGCUUGAAAGCCAGGGGAAGUACGACGAGGCCGAGCAGAUGCAUCGACAGGAACUGGAGCUAUGUAAGAAGGUGCUGGGACCAGAGAAUCCCUCGACACUCAGCAGCAUGAACAACCUGGCACUCGUGCUUGAAAGCCAGGGGAAGUACGACGAGGCCGAGCAGAUGCAUCGGCAGACACUGGAGCUGAAGGAGAAGGUGCUGGGACUGGAGAAUCCCUCGACACUCGACAGCAUGAACAACCUGGCACUCGUGCUUGAAAGCCAGGGGAAGUACGACGAGGCAGAGCAGAUGCAUCGACAGACACUGGAGCUGAGGGAGAAGGUGCUGGGACCAGAGAAUCCCUCCACACUCACCAGCAUGAACAACCUGGCAGAAGCGCUUCGAAGCCAGGGGAAGUACGACGAGGCAGAGAAGAUGCAUCGGCAGGCACUGGAGCUGAGGCAGAAGGUGCUGGGACCAGAGAAUCCCUCCACACUCACCAGCAUGAACAACCUGGCACGCGUGCUUCGAUAUCAAGGCAAGCAUGAAGAGACAGAGGAGACGCAUCGACAGGCACUGGAGCAAAGGGCGAAACAUAGAGACAUGUUCCACGUCGGCAGGAGCGCGAGCAACUAUGGGCCUUCUCAGGACCAUGUAGAGUGGAAGAGACCACUGAGUUUUCUCUAUACAUCCGCACAUAAUCCAAGGGAGAAGGUUAUGGGAUCGGCGAAUCCUUUAAGACUUAGAACAGAGCAUACCCUGUACGCUAGUUUGAAAGUUGGGACGGACUCUAGUUCUACGGCUUCGGUAGACUGA